AUUUGUUUGUGUUGUAUUUGCUAAAUUUAGAAAUAGGUGCCGCAAAACAUUCAAAUUUGAAAAUAUGCAUUAUUUUUGAGCUGGCUGGCAUGCGUGUGUGCUCAUUUACCAUCAACAAGGUGUAGCUGUCACAAUAGUCAUGGAAUCCACAAAAGCCAUUAAGCGUGGUACACGCAUUCUCACCGAGAAACCAUUUGCAUUUGUGCUCAAAUCCAAGUAUCGGCUGGAGCGCUGUGAUAACUGCCUGGAGGCCGCAAAGGUGUUAAAGUGCUCCAAUUGCCGCUAUGUAUCCUACUGUAAUCGAGCCUGCCAGCAAGCAGCCUGGCCGCUGCACAAGCAUGAGUGUCCUUUUCUAAAACGGGUGCAGCCGCGUGUAGUGCCUGAUGCUGGGCGCAUGCUCUGCCGGCUUAUACUGCGUCUGGAGCAUGGUGGCGACCUGGAGCGCGGCUAUUACACAGAGCAUGGCUCUCGCAAAUUCCGCGAUCUAAUGUCACACUAUGCCGAGAUUAAAAAUGAUGCACAACGUGUGGAGCAUUUGGAUUCACUGCAUGCUGUGCUAACGGAUAUGAUGAUCGAUAGCAAUAGUCGCAGCACAGUGCCCAACAAAACGGAACUCAUGAGCAUUUACGGACGUCUCAUUACGAAUGGCUUUAAUAUACUUGAUGCAGAAAUGAACUCCAUUGGUACGGCCAUUUAUUUGGGAGUUUCCAUAACAGAUCAUAGCUGCCAACCAAAUGCGGUUGCCACUUUUGAGGGCAACGAGCUGCAUGUGCAUGCCACAGAGGAUAUGCCCAGUUUAGACUGGUCCAAGAUCUUCAUAAGCUACAUUGACUUGUUAAACACACCUGAACAGCGACGAGAAGAUCUAAAGGCGCAUUAUUACUUUCUGUGUGUUUGCAGCAAGUGUAUUGAUCCACAGGAGCAGCUUGACAUGAAUGCUGCAGUCUGUCAAGGCUGUGCGGCUGCCAUUGAUGUAGAACAGCCGAAAUGUCAAUGUUGCAACGCCAGCGUUACCGCCGAACAGCGCCAGAAUUACACAGAGACUAUGAGCUUGACGCAAUCCAGCCUAGAUGCCAUGAAGGAUGUAGCCUAUUUGGACAUGUGCAAGGUUUGCUUGAAGAAGCAGUCAGGUGUUCUGCAUUCCCUCAAUGUGUGGCACGUGAAGACAUUGGAUGCAGCCUUUGAGGCUGCCAUUGAUGUGGGCAAAUGGUCAGAUGCACUGGACUAUGGCCAGCGUCUAUUGCCAGGCUUUGCUAAAUAUCAUGGCGCAUGGAAUCCUUUGCUGGGCUUGCUGCACAUGAAACUUGGUAAAAUACAAUUAUAUGAGCGCAACUAUAAGCAUGCUGUACAUCACUUGCAGGAAGCUCAUCGUAUUUUAAACGUCACACAUGGACGCGGACAUCGACUGCUGCACGAGCAACUGCAGCCGCUAAUGCUACAGGCGAGGCAGGAAAUGAGCUUGUAAAAACUAUUAUUAUAUGUAAAUAAAUUCUGUUCAAAUUCAA